AUGCCUACCCCUGCUGCUGUACCUCUAAUUGUCCUCAUUGCUGCUGCUGUUGCAUUCAAUGUGUUAAAAAGUGAUCUUGCAAGGGCGCAAGGCAAGAUAUCCUUUACAUCUGACCUCUGGUUGGAUCAGAAACUCUGCCCAUUCAUGGCACUCACUGCCCACCAAACCGCCAAGGAAGAGCAGACAUCAGUGCUUGUCUUGAAGGCAGCUUUGAUUGCUUUUUACCACAUUCCAGGAAGCCAUACUGGCAAAUCUCUUGGUUCAAUAAUACUGCAUCUCCUUGAUCGUGCCAACAUUGCAAAGGAUGUUAGUGUUUAG